GACGACCUUACGCCAGUGGUACACGAGCCGCCGCCACGAGAGGUGGUAUCGCGAUCGGCAGCAACGCUCUUCCUUCCACGAUCUUUUUCACGCUUGAUUCAUAUUUGAAAAAAAGGAGCGGUGAUUACAGUGAAUACGAUAAUCGUGUUAGCGGGAAUCGAAACGUUCGCCAAAGAGAAGAAGAAGAAUUGAUUCGAAAGAAAGUUUCGUCUCUCUUCGAGUUCGAUAUAUUUAUAUACAGUUCGAAUUUAUCAAAAGAUGAAAUGAAUGGAAAAUUAAUCCGAUAGUUGGAAAUUUUUUUUUUUCAACUCGCACGAGUUGUAUUAAGAAGGGGAUCCUCGAAUGGGGUUUCCGUGACUCGCACGCAUUAAUCGAAGGAAGGAAACACGUAAUGAAAAGGGAACGAUCGUAAGUUUCGACUUCGGAGGAUCGAUCGAGGUGUUUGUAAAACAUUCGUGGGAUACGAUUUGCUUGGAUUCGAACAAAGAGGUUGUUACUAUCAGGAGGGAAAAGUGAAUAUUACUGUCUCCCGCACUCUCUCUUUCCAACUUUUUCCAGGGACCGAUUUAAUGCGCCGAAACAGGGCGUGAAGUUUGGCUUCGAAGAGGACUCGCUCCAGAUUCAACUUCAAAAUGAAUGCAUACGUGCUAUUCUUGGCUUUAUUAAUUAGUCAUGUUUACGCGCGUGAUGUUGAUUACUGUUUUAAGGAAGAGAAUGAUCCGUAUUUAUACAUGGCCACUAAAACUGCCUACCAUUUCGUCUAUCACAAAGGCCGAUUUCAAGACGUGCCUAAUUGCCAAGCAAAGCAAAUUUGGAUGCUCGUUACACAUGGCACUCGAUGCUCUUCAAAGUCAGAAAUCAUGGAAAUGCUCAAAUUAAAAGAUUUCCAAAAAGAAAUAAUUAACAAUCACGAAUUACGAAACAAUGGACACUUGUGCAACAAGGAUUUAGAAAAUUUGAAAAAAUGGAACCCGAACGAAUAUCUGAUGAUCGAACGAGCGAAAGUUCUGGCACCGCAGGGUGUGGAGGAUAUGAGGUUGCUCGCGAGACGAUUGCAAAGUAGUUUUCCCCAUCUUCUGCAACCGAACAAUAACGAGAACAUUACCGAGCGAGAUUACGUGUUUAAAGAAUCGGAUGCGUACAACAGUAUGGGCGCGUUUAUGGAGGGAUUGUUCAAGAGUAGAGACGUCGUGGAUAGCGAAAAAGUUCCAGAAAAUGACACUUUACUCACGAUGUACAAAAUGUGCGAUUCGUGGGACAACGAAUACAACAACGUUUCCUACGAGGAGGUAAUCGCUUUCGAGGAGAGCGAAGAUUUCAGAAAUCUCGUGGAGAACGUGAGCCGACGCCUCGGAUUUUUGUACAUUCCCAAAGAUUCGAUUCUAACGAUGUACGAUAUGUGCCGUUACGAAAAGGCAUGGACAGUGACGCAACUCUCUCCUUGGUGUGCCGUUUUCAGCAAAGAGGAACUUCAUGUGCUCGAGUAUCGCGAGGAUCUCUACUAUUAUUACAAAGCCGGAUAUGGACGUGAAAUCAAUGCUCGGCUAGGAUGCACGCUUUUGCAAGACAUGAUGAAUCACUUUUGGAAAAUGGAACAGGAGGACGAGUCGAAUCAGCCCAAAGGCGUAUUCUAUUUUAGCGAUACUAUAAGUCUGUUGAAUCUUUUGACAACAUUGAACAUUAAUAAAGAUCAAAUGCAACUGAAGGCUUUUAAUUACAAGGAAAUGGCGAAACGUCAGUGGAGAACAUCCUUCAUGUCAUCUUUCGCUGCGAAUCUUAUCGCUGUAUUCUACAAAUGCGACACUAUCAGCCAACCGAACAAAGUGAUGUUUUACCUGGCCGAGAAAUUGGUCAUGAUCGACGGAUGUGACGUGGGCCUCUGCGAUUGGGAAUAUAUAAAGCAAAAGUUCAAUCCCGUCCUCAAACAGUGCGAUAUGAAAACUUGUUGGAACGAAAACGGUGUCCCCAUUUUUCUGCCUAAUUUCGUUCUCCUUAUCCUUUCAUGCUUCUCUUUAAUCUUCAUCAGGGAAUAAAAAGAACGGUAUACGUAUAUAUAUAUGUUCUCUUUAUUCGUAAUUUAAGAAGAAUAAACGCAUAAUACGUGAAUCGCAAGAGAGCGGAGGCAUUUGAGAGUAAAACUUACGAAAUCAUUCCUUGAUAAGUAUUUUUUCCAAGACUCUGAGAGUACAGUGAUUCUCCUCGAUUUUAUUAUAUCAAAAUUAACUUCUCCAUAAAUACGUUUUACUCUCAAACGUAUUUGUACACCCUGUCAGAAUUAACCGUAAUUAUAUGGCUUUAAAUUUUAAUUGAAUAAACAUCGAAGAAACGUUGCUAAGAAAAAUCGCUAAAAAAAAAUCACGCUGCGCUUUCGGAUCGUGGAAACGUGUAUGUUUAAUUAAUAUUAGUUGUACUCCUCUAUACGUAAUUUAUAUACAUUUAUCGUUGUUUAUUAUCAUCCUCAUUUGUUUAUAAGUCACAAAUACGUACUCGAGAUAAGUGGAAUAUUAUUUAUAUUAUUAUCUUAUUCUUCCUAGUAAUCGCGAUUUAUCGAACAAAAGAUAACGAUUUACUGCACACGAUUAUUUAUCGUCCCUCGCUUCGAACGUUUUUUAAUUUUUACCAACACUUUUCACGACUAAAUAAGACUACAAUGUUUCUACGUAAUGUACGCUUGAUCAACGUAUUCGUUAAAAUUCGAAUCUCGAUAACGCCUCUUUUUGUACUUUUGUUUCAUUCGUUCAAUUGUAAUCGAAACUCAUCUACGAAUAAAUUAUAAGUAAAUAAAUUAAUAAUUGUACUUGUAUA